GUGACGUCAGAGCACAACAGCAAGACCAAAACACGGAGAGGCAGAAGAAGCCGGCAGGACUGGACUGGGGCUUAAAUUUCAGCCUUUCUAGCAGUUUUGGUGCUAACAUCUCUCUUUCUUUAAUAAGCUAAUGCUCUCAUUCGGUUUGACGAUAGUCAGACAUGGUGAGACACAAUACAACAAGGACAGACUGCUUCAAGGCCAGGGGAUAGACUCUUCUCUGUCUGAAGUUGGGAUACAGCAAGCAGAAGCUGCUGGACACUACCUCCAAGACGUCCAGUUCACUAAUGUCUUUGCCAGUGACAUGAAACGUGCCAAGCAGACGGCUGAAAUUAUUGUGCGGAAAAAUAAGACAUGCAGUGAUUUACACAUUGUUACUCAUUCAUCGCUUAAAGAGAGGAGCUUUGGUGUUGCCGAGGGAGGCCGUGUGGAGGACAUGAAGAACAUGGCUAAAGCAGCAGGCCAGCCAAUCCCAGAAUACACUCCACCAGAGGGAGAGACCAUGGAUCAGGUGAAGGUACGGAUCAGCACGUUCCUUAAAGCCAUGUUUCAGCAGAUGGCUGACGACCAUCGAGACAAAAUACAGCUGGAUGAGGAAACCCAGCACGCCGAAAUGGACGGUCCUCUCGCAGGUCGCCCGGAUGAUGGCGUCCAGAACGUUCCUGCUCAUGCCCUUGUGGUGACCCAUGGUGCCUACAUGCGGGUGGCGGUGCGGUAUUUCAUCGAGGACCUCGCAUGCUUGAUGCCUCUCGGCUCGGACAGGAUUCGGGUGUUUUCAGCCUGCCCCAACACAGGAAUGUGCCGAUUCAUUGUGACUCUGAAAUGUAGCGACAGUGACAUUUUGCUCUCCAGCAUGAAGUGUGUAUUUGCCAACCGGAGAGACCACAUCAAAGCUGAGGGCACUUAAGUGAAAGACCAUAAACGGAGAAUGUGUAGCUGUGAAGUGUUUACAAGUCCUAUUUAUUUCAUGUAAAAGAGCAAUAUGCAGCACUCCUGCCUGAAAUGGUCUUGCAAUAAAGUUUCAUGGUCUAAAUUACCAAACUUUUAGAAGGAAUGUAAAUACCCAUAAAACAUAAAUGAUUCAAUCAGAGGGGAAGUUGAUCACAAUAUUUCAGUUCAAAACACAGAAUUUGGAUUUAAACCUGUGUUUUCUGUUGAUCACUGAAAUGAAAGAGUUAAAAGACUUGCUUUAUAUUUCCCUAAAGUGUGGCAGAGAUGGCGUAGGUCCCUGUAAUAUUUGACAAAGGAAAGCACUGAAUUACAAUGUUUGUCUGAAUGAUCAUUAAAAUGGAUUUGAUGUCUAAAUGUUUUAUGGCAGAUGAUCUAAAGUAAUAUAUUUUAAACUUCAGUGGACUUUGUGAAAUAACUCAAUCAAUUAAUGUGUUCGUUGUCUACUGAAGAAAACGGCCUUGACACUUAGCUGUAUAGUCAAGACAGCAGCCGAUAUAAGGUGUCUAAUAAGCAGUGAUUUCAAAGUGUAGCUCUAUCAGAAAUGUCAUUAACUUUGCGAGACCAGUUGGAGCCAGUAUGGUCUCUUACCUUUUGCCGGGUUAGUUGUUUUUGGUGGUUGUUCAGUAAUUUUUAUUGACUUUAAAUGCUACCCUGAACUGUCUGUGGGCUUUAACUUUAAACCUUCUUGAGACAGCUUGUUCUUGUUUGAAAUAUAAUUAUUUUAGACAUUGCUCUGGACAUAUAUCCUAUUUUUGUGAGUGGCACACAAGCAGUUUUGAGCAACUAGCAGUUUUGUCUUUC